AUGCUGGCGCACUACAUAACGGAGGGGGUGCUGUGUGUGCCGCGCGUCAUCGCCUCGCACCACCUGCUGCUCAACCCGCUGGGCCUGCUGCACAGCGUGCGCGCCGCCUGCCGCGACCUGCUGCUGCUGCCUGUGCAGGGCUCGCUGCACGCGGGGCCGCACGGGCUGCUGCUGCUGGGCGUGGGGCGCGGGGGGCUGGCAGCGUGGCGCCACGUGUCGCAGCACACCGUGGCGUCGCUCUCCGGCUUCUCCUCCAGCGUUGGCCGACUCGUCAGGCGCGCGUACCUUGGAGAAAGGGGGGGUGGAAGCAGAGGCUUGGUAGGGGAGGGGGGGCAUAGAAGCGGCACUGGUGGUGCACAUGGGAACAGAAGAGGUGCGGCUGGUGGUAGUGGUAACCUGUGCAGGACAAGUGGUGGUGGUGGUGCUGCUGCUACGGGCAGCAGUGGUGGAGGCACAGGGGGUGGGGGAGUGCAUGGUGGCAUGGGGUUGGCUGUGGGGCACCACCGUAUCAUAGGCAGUUCGGGGCACAGCGAGAGUGGCGCUGGGAAUGAGGUGAGGUGGCAGCAUGGGGCGGCAGCAGCACAGCAUAUGACGGGGUCCACGAGGGCUCGCUCUACCGGCAGUGCAGCAGAAGCGGAUGGCGCUGGGGUGGAGGGGGCAGGGGCGCUACUUGUUGCUGAGGGCAAGGAGGCCGGUGCUGCCACCUUCACUGGGGAGGCAGGCAGUGGGCGAGGCAUGGGGGGCAGCACCACUAGCUAG